ACGAUUAGACUCUAAAAUUAAGGCAAACGAAAUGUUUAUUGGAUUUUGUCCAUUUUCGUGAAACAAAUUGUUUAUCUUCUGGUUAUACAUGAAUUAAAUUAUCAAAAUAUCAGUUUAUAAAUGGUAUAAAGAUACAAAUAAACAAUUUGGAACUGUUCAAAAUCAUGGUACUAAAACAGUUCAAUCAUUUGCGUCAAAUUAGAAAUUACCGCAGUCCGAUCCAGCGUAGAUUUAAGUCGUCAAAGAAGCAGUUUAGGCCCAAUAAAGGAUUGGGACAAACUACUUUAUUUGAAACCACGAUAAUGUGGAUUUUUGGGUUUUAAUAAAAUUCUGCUAACCAGUUAUUGGAAAUUGAGGAACCAAUGCGGUACAGGUCGCUGUUGUCUCUGAUUGGAUAAUCCGUAUCGUAGCUUGAUCCACUAAGGCACAUGUGGUUAUGUUGACAUUGGAGACUAGUGGAUUCACAAUUUAUGGUUUCAUAGACCAGAAAGAUGCAUUUCAUAAAUUUAAAACUGUAAAAUUUUUAUUAAUAUACAAGUAGUGUCUUUACAACACUAAAUAAAAUGUAUUAAUACAGUGUUAUAAAUAUGUAAGGUUAUUUUUUGAAGGUGUGGCAAAUAAUCCUCAUGCAGGAAUAACAGGAAUUUAAUAAAUGUUUGGGACAAUAUUCUUCUUUGGUGAACAGUCCAUUGAACCUUUGAAUAAUCAACCCUGCUUGUGGUGUUACUCAGGGAUGUUACUGGUUGUGAUCAUAUGGUUCGUUCCUUGGCUACCACGUUAGACGUCAUUGGUGCGCGCGCAGUGUCUUUGUGCGUGCGUCAUUGAUAAACAUAACCUCUUCACAAUUGUGUUCUACAAGACACCAGUGUUGUGUUUUGAAAGAUAUUUCUAGUUGUCUCAUAUGUACAGAUUUACAAGAAGAAAAUGUGUGGAAUUUUUUGUAUGAUAUGUAGCAAUAAAAAAUGUAAUUUGGAAUACGUAAUAAAUGAGUUCAAAUUAUUCGAAGAAUCUGUCGCCCGAAGAGGGCCAAACUCGUCGCACUCUGAAUUUUUUUCAUUAGAAACUUCAAAACUAUUGUUAGCUGCCAGUGUUUUGUGGUUGCAAGGCCCAGGAAUUACAAAACAACCUCUAACAAGUAACAAUUCAACACUUCUAUACAAUGGAGACAUUUAUGGUGGACCACAAGUAGAUGACGAAUUAAGAAAUAAAGAGGGUGAUACGAAAUUAUUUUUGAAUCUUCUAGAAAGGUCAAGUAAUAUUACUGAAACUGUGUAUAAUAUUGAGGGUCCAUUCGCGUUUGUCUAUUUUAACGAAUCAGAGAAUUUGCUCUAUUUUGGACGAGAUAAGUAUGGAAGACGUAGCUUAUUGAUUGGUAAAGACGAAAGCGACUUGAUAAUUACAAGUGUAGCAAAAAGAAACACAAAGUAUAAUUUCAUUGAAUUACCAAGUGUAGGUGUAUUUUGUAUUGAUCUCACUACCAAAAACUGGCAAAUUUUUCCGUGGCGAAGAAAAAGUAAGCAUUUUUAUGACAAGUUGAACGAACUUGAAGCUUUCUUGGAACAAAGUAUCUUAAAACAAGAGGUGGAUAAUGAAGAACUGAAAGAAUUUCAUCCACCAAAUGAAAGUCAGUUAGAAUUUCUAGAUAAUUUAUUAAAGAUGCCUAGUGAAGAGAUUUUUCAUUAUUUGUCUAACUCAAUUUACCCAGACAGGAUAAAAAAACUGAAAGAACUGUUAGAAAGCAGUAUUAAGAAAAGAAUUCUAACACAACCCAAAUUUUGUCAGAAUUGUUUCAAACAAUUUAACUGCAAUCAUGCAGUGACAGGAGUAUUAUUUUCCGGUGGCGUAGAUUGUGCAAUUUUAGCACUCUUGGCCAACAAGUUUGUAGAUGAAACGCGUCCCAUUGAUUUGAUGAAUGUAGCAUUUGAAAAAAAUGGCACAUAUGACACCCCCGAUAGGAAAACGGGACGAGAUACAUUACAAGAACUACAAACUCUUUGUUCAGAGAGAACAUGGAACUUUGUAGAAAUCAACGUAACUUCCAAAGAAUUAGAUUUUUACAGAAAAGAACGUAUUUCUGAUUUAAUAUAUCCAUUGAAUUCUAUUUUGGAUGAUAGUUUGGGUUGUGCUCUAUGGUUUGCAAGUAAAGCAGCGACCGAGAAUUAUACUUCACCUUGUAGGACUUUGUUGGUAGGAAUGGGCGCGGAUGAAUUGUUUGGAGGUUACACGCGACAUCGGGCAGCGUUUCAGAAGAAGGGUUGGAAAGAAUUAGAUGAAGUAUUGAAGGAAGACUGGCAAAAUUUACCGCAUAGGAAUCUAGCCAGGGAUGACCGUGUGGUGUCUGAUCAUGGCCGACAACUUCGCACGCCUUAUUUAGAUGAGGAAGUUGUAAAAUUCACCCAGAAUUUAAAUUCUUGGGACAAGACAUAUCCAACGAAAGAUCUUCCUUCAGGAAUUGGCGAAAAGCUUUUACUUCGUUGUUUAGCAUAUGACUUGGGAUUAAAAAAUGCAGCAACGUUUAAAAAGCGGGCGCUACAAUUUGGAUCAAGAAUAGCAAACUCAAAGGAAAAGGGGCACGAAACUUCUGAUAGAUUGCAGGUCAAAUAAAGAUUUUUUUCAUA